AUGGCUGGUUACAAUUCCUCUGGGAAUUCCUCUUGUGAUCCUAUAUUUACACCCCACUUAGCCAGGCUCUACUUUGUAGUGCUUAUUGGUGGACUAGCAGGCGUCAUCUCCAUCCUGUUCCUGCUGGUGAAAAUGAACUCUCGCUCUGUGACCACCAUGGCAGUAAUUAACCUGGUGGUGGUCCAUGGAGUCUUUCUGCUCACAGUACCUUUCCGUUUAACAUAUCUCAUCAAGAAGACUUGGACAUUUGGGCUACCCUUCUGCAAGUUUGUGAGUGCCAUGCUACAUAUACAUAUGUACCUCACCUUCCUCUUCUAUGUGGUGAUCCUGGUCAUCAGGUACCUCAUCUUCUUCAAGCGCAAGGACAAGGUGGAAUUUUACAGAAAACUGCACGCCAUUGCGGCCAGUACUGCCAUGUGGCUUUCAGUGAUUGUCAUUGUGGUGCCCCUUGUGGUUUCUCAGUAUGGAAGUCAUGGGGAUUACAAUGAACAACAUUGCUUUAAAUUCCAUACAGAACUUGCCCGUGAGUAUGUGCAAGUCAUCAACUACAUGAUAGUUGCUGCUGUUAUCAUGACCGCUGUAUUCCUCCUGGUCUUUCAGGCUUUCAUCAUUGUAUCAAUGGUACGGAAGCUACGCCACUCCUUACUCUCCCACCAGGAGUUCUGGGCUCAACUGAAAAACUUGUUUUUUAUAGGCAUCAUCCUUAUAUGUUUCCUCCCUUACCAGUUCUUCAGGAUUUAUUACUUGUAUGUUGUGGCACAUUCCAAGGAUUGUAACCACAACAUUGCAUUUUACAAUGAAAUCUUUCUGAGCAUAACAGCAAUUAGCUGCUAUGAUCUACUGAUCUUUGUUUUGGGGGGUAGCCAUUGGUUUAAACAAAAGAUAAUUGACCUAUGGAAUUGUCUUUUGUGUCGUUAGCCAAGACUGCAAUGAUCAUUCUUUAUAUUUGGCAUGAAAAUGGGCAAGUGAUCAGAACCAAGCU